ACUAGCCUCUGCUCUCAGGCUAUUUCUACAUCAAACACAAGGACCGAUCAAUCCCUCAAAAAAACACAAGGCCGGACCGAUCAAACCUGAGCCUUCACAAAAUCACAAGGGUUCCAACAACUGUCAGAGAGACCUCUGCUCGUAAUGGGAGGAGUGAAGAAGCCUCACAGAUACCGGCCCGGAACUGUUGCUCUCCGCGAAAUUCGCAAGGAUCAAAAGGGUACGGAGCUACUUAUAAGGAAGCUACCGUUUCAGAGACUUGUUCGUGAGAUUGCCCAGGUUUCCAAAAGUGACUUGCGCUUCCAGAGCCAUGCAGUGCUUGCGUUGCAGGAAGCAGCGGAAGCAUACUUGGUGGGACUUUUUGAAGACACGAAUCUGUGUGCUAUCCAUGCCAAGCGUGUGACCAUCAUGUCGAAGGAUGUUCAUCUUGCUAGGAGGAUCCGUGGCGAGAAGUUGUAA